AGAAUGUUAUUAUGGCAUGGAUCUAGAUUGACUAAUUGGGUUGGUAUUUUAAGUCAAGGGUUACGUAUAGCACCACCAGAAGCUCCUGUUACUGGUUAUAUGUUUGGUAAAGGUGUAUAUUUUGCUGAUAUGUCCAGUAAAAGUGCUAACUAUUGUUUUACAUCCAGGUCUAAAAAUAUUGGUAUUUUGUUACUGUGUGAGGUAUCAUUGGGUAAUGUUAAUACUUUAUUAAGUGCUGAUUAUAAAGCUGAUAAACUACCCCCAGGCAAAGACAGUGUACUAGGUGCUGGACAAGUAGCACCAGAUCCAACAUGCAAUAAAACUCUGUCUGAUGGUGUGGUAGUACCAGUAGGUAAAGGUGUAGAUACUAAAGUAAGGAAUUCUGCUGGCUACACUCUCAAUUAUAAUGAAUACAUCGUCUACGAUACCAAACAGAUUAAAAUGAAAUAUCUACUUAAAGUCAAGUUCAAUUAUAAAUAA